AUGAGCGACAGUUCCAAGGAACACUCCAAGUCCAUCACUGGCAAGCUUCCCUUCCGUCCUCGAGAUGAGCCCGAUGACUAUAUGCCUCCUGUUCGUCGCCAUUGGCUGAACAAAGAGGUUCUCCGGAGUGCCAACAUGCUGCCUGAUGUCCUUAGCAUUGCCGAAUAUGACAAUGAAGGGUUUGAGCGCGAUGAGCCCGCCGGCAUUACCCUUGCUAAAAAGGUCACAAUAAACCCUCGUGAAUAUUGGAUCAAGCGGCAUGACCCAGGCGUCAAAGUCCGCCCAAUGGACCGGGUCUCCUACAGCACCUCGGGCAAGGAGACCGUGGUCUUGACCAAUGCUUGGCCCAUUCUCGCCUUCCCCAAGAAGCCCGUCUACCAGUACGAGGUCAAUCUCCACCACAACUUUCAGGAUGAAGAAGAUCGUCGGGCUCUGAAGCGUGCGUUUAACUGCAAGACUCGCAGGGAGAAGCUGCCUGACGCCAUAUUUGAUGGUGCUCGUACUGCCUGGUCGACUCAUUACUUCGGUGAACUUUACGAAGUCAUGAAGUUCACAGGUGGUAAGACUCGCAUGGUGGGCACUCGUCAGGAUCUUCAUGGAGUCGAUGUUGAAGUUCGCUUCAUUUGUCGCCGCAAGGUCUAUUUGAACGUGAUCAAUGCCUGGCUACAGAAGAAGCGUGUGCUUGACGAGUAUGUCAUUGAUGGUCUCAAUUUCCUGGACCACCUCCUUCGCCAUGGUCCUAGCCAAAAGCAGACUGUGCAGAAGCGCGCUUUCUUUUUCAACACUUUAAAAGAUCACCCUGAGACUAGUAAAUGGGAGCGUGAUUUCGAAUUUGGUCUUCAUGGUGGGAAGGAUGCCUACGGAUUUGGUCCCCAUGGCUUUGCGACCUGCUACCAAGGAGUAAUCCAGAUGAUCCGACCAUGCGUUUCUGGCUUGCUACUCAAUGUGGACACAGCCCAUGCGGUCUUCUGGCCUCGUGCAAAUCUUCUGUGGAUCUCCCGACGUUUUGUCGAAGCCAGGACAGUCAAUGAGUACAAUUUCCUCCACCCAACAAAAAACCAGAAAGGUGAACGCGAACUGAGUCAGCGACUUCUUCGGCUUGAUGAUAAGCUCCGUCGACUUCGGGUGACGCCAGACAACUACCCAUCCAAGUUCAACGGAUCUUACACUAUCAAGCGCGUGGUAAAUCAAAACGCCGAAGAAUACAUGAUCGACUACAAAGAUGGGGCCACUGGAAAGGUGACAAAAAUGUCGGUCGACCAAUACUAUUUGAAGCGCUAUAACUACGAGCUUGAUGAGCCCCAGGCCGUGCUCGUUGAAAUGGACCGUCAUGGCGUCGUCUUUCCCCUCGAGUGUCUCAAAGUCGAGAAAUUACAACGUUGGGAAAGUAAACUCACUGAUGUUGAGACGGCAAAUAUGAUCAAAUUCACUGCCAAGAAGCCUUCCCAUCGUCUCGACAUGAUUCGCAAGUGCAAGGGUCUCCUGGACCACGGGCAUGAUCCUCAUCUGCUGAACUACGGUCUUCAUAUCGGUAAAGACAUGAUAAAGACCAAGGCUCGCCUUCUUCCAAACCCUGAAAUUCAGUUUGGCAAUGGUAAGCACAAUCCUGGUACCUCGGGGCGAUGGGAUCUACGAAACCGAAAGUUUCUCAAGGCAAACAAACGCGAACUUUCCCACUGGGGUAUUGGAUACUGGUCUGGACGUCCAGGAUUCACUAUUUCUGGCAAGGAAGUCGAAGCCUGGCUCGAGACAUUCCUGCGAAUCUACCGUGGUCAUGGAGGCCAGGUUCGCAAUCGCCCUGGCGUGGUCAUGCAACUUAAGACUAGCAGCCCCGAGGAUGCCUGUGAGGAUCUGUACAAGGCUACCAAGACCUUUUACGGCCGUGAGCCUCAGCUUCUUAUCAUUAUUAUCCCUUCUUUGGAUUCAUGGCACUACACUCGCAUUAAGCGCUGCGCCGACACUGUCUACGGUGUCCCCUCGCAGGUGCUGCAGAGCAAGCGUGUCAUUGGAAACAGCCCCCAAUACAGCUCCAAUGUUUCCAUGAAGAUAAAUGCCAAGCUUGGUGGUGUUACAUCUCGCGUGAACCCUAGCAUUCCACGCCGAGGCCUCCCACCCAAGUCCGCUAUCAUCGGCGCCGAUGUCACUCACCCUUCAGCAGGUGUGCUUACUCCGUCUUUGGUAGGUAUGUGUAUCUCCAAUGAUAUUAAUGGAGUUAGCUACAUGGGCAAUGGCGAAGGCAACGGUGAUCGGGUGGAGAUAAUCAAGGAAGUCUCCAUGCGUAUCAUCCUUAAGCCUCUGAUUUUGGAGUGGGCAAACACUCUCGGUGGCGGCAAAUACGUUCCUGAGAAGAUCUACUACUUCCGCGAUGGAGUUUCUGAGUCCGAGUACGUCGAAAUUCUGAAUAAGGAAGUCCCGUCCCUUCGCCGGCUCAUCGGGGAGUGCCAGGCGAUCAUUAACAAGGAUCCUGACGAUACCGUCUGGCGUGGCAAGAUCUUGGUUGUUAUUGCUAAUAAGCGCCACCACCUUCGUGUCUGGCCAAAUCCCAAGGAUCUCAAGGCCGCUGACAAAAACGGCAACCCUGUCCCCGGAACCCUGAUUGACCGGGAUGUGACCAGCCCUCAUGGGUACGACUUCCUUCUGUAUUCUCACCUGGCUCUCCAGGGAACUGCUCGCCCAGUUCACUACAAGGUCAUGAUGGAUGAGAUCGGCCUCAAGCCCGAGGAGUUGCAGAAUAUGAUCUAUGAGCAGUGCUAUCAGUACAUUCGCUCGACUACUCCGGUCUCGGUUCACCCUGCUAUCUACUAUGCUCAUCUGAUCACUGCUCGCGCUCGUCAUCAUGAAUGCUUCGACCCCUCUGACGGCCCUCGCAGCGGCGCCAAGGUCAAUCCUAUGACCCCACGUCCUCCUCGUGGCGAUCCCAAAGAGCCGAAAGAGUUUUUGAUGACGAUGAAGGGUACUGCUGAGAAUCGUCUUCCCUACACCAUGUGGUGGAUCUAA